AUUGUGUACAGUACGUACGACGUAAGUGUGUUGGUUCACGACUCACGGCUUUGGCUAAAAGUAAGUGAGCGAGAGCAUGUUGGCUGGUAGGUUAGCGAAGUGACUGGAUAGAAGGAUAAAGGUUGCAAAAAGAUUUAUAGUGGAGUGUUGAUGUGGAGUGCACGGAUGAUUGACAGUGCUUUAGAUUUGCGCGCGUUUACUACGAAUUUUUAUGACGAGAUAACACGUACAACGGGAGUCAAGAAAAGCUGAACCCACCAGCACCAGCACGUACACCAGCACCAGUGCGUUAUCAUAUAUAAUUACCAUCAUUACAUUACCCACUAAAUACAUAGUCUAGUGUAGUUCCCACUCUCGUUUUGUUGCGACGAACUAAAGAGGUUAGAUGUACCGAGGUUAAAGAAACAGAGCUUGAGUGAGUGCUCAAUACUCCAAGGACGAUGGACUUGGGUGUACAGUAAGGAAACUGAACCUAAACCUAAGCUUGCUUGAUGGAUUGUGGGUUGAGUUGCUAGUGCCCGGGUUCGAAAGCUAAGAAGCAUGGUACAACGACCGGUUGCACCGAGACGUAAUGUCAGGAUACUCCUGAUCGGCGAUCAAGGAGUCGGCAAGACCUCCCUGAUUCUGUCAUUGGUCAGCGAGGAGUAUGCUGAGGAUGUUCCUAAGAAGGCUGAAGAAAUUACAAUACCUGCUGAUGUUACGCCUGAGCAGGUUCCCACACACAUUGUUGAUUAUUCUGCUACGGAGCAGACGGAUGAUCAGCUGAAAGAAGAAAUUCAAAAAGCCCAUGUAAUUUGUGUAGUUUAUGCUGUUGAUGACGAUGACACACUUGACAGGGUUGCUAAUUACUGGUUACCGCUUAUCAGAAAGUACUCCUCCAGCAAUAGAUGUCCUGUCGUGCUGGUUGGAAAUAAAAUAGAUCUUGUCGACUACUCAAAUAUUGAAGCGUACCACGCGAUCAUGAAGAAGUUUUCGGAGGUUGAAAGUUGCAUUGAGUGUUCUGCUAAAACGUUACAAAAUAUUUCUGAAAUGUUUUAUUAUGCACAAAAAGCUGUACUUCAUCCUACAACCCCACUUUACAAUGACAGUACACAAGAACUUACUGAAGAAUGUAAGGUCGCUUUACAAAGAAUAUUUAAAAUAUAUGACUUUGACAAUGACGGUUUAUUAAAUGACAUGGAGCUAAAUGCUUUUCAACAAUCGUGUUUUAAUACACCACUGCAGCCACAAGUACUUGAAGAUGUCAAGGCAGUUCUUUCAAAAAAUAUCAGCGAUGGUACUUGCAACGGCUGUGUUACUAUGAAAGGUUUUAUGUAUUUGCAGUGUUUAUUUAUACAACGUGGGAGAAAUGAAACAACAUGGGCUGCUUUGAGAAAAUUCGGCUAUGACAAUGAAUUACAAAUGUCUAAAGAGUAUAUUCACCCUCCCUUGAAAGUACCGCAAGGAUGUACAACGGAGUUGUCUCACAAGGGACAAGAAUUUUUAACAAUAUUGUUUAUGCAGCAUGAUAGAGAUCGUGACGGUGCUUUAUCACCCUCUGAGAUGGAAUCAUUGUUUUCACGUUGCGUAACUCCGCCAUGGGAAGAUGAGUAUAAAUAUACAGUAGCGACUAAUAAGAAGGGUUGGAUAACUUAUCAAGGGUACAUGUGUCAAUGGGCACUAAUAACUCUAACCAAUGUACGUAAAACACUCGAAUACAUGGCGUAUCUCGGUUAUAAUAUAUUUAAUGAUGAAUGUCAAACGAGUGCAGUGACUGUUACAAGAGAGAAAAAAUUAGAUCUCGCUAAAAAGCAGUCCAGUCGUAAUGUUUACACUUGUCAUGUAAUUGGACCAAAGAGUAGUGGUAAAACGACACUGUGCAGGAGUUUUGUUGAUCCUAAACUUGAGAAAUUAAAUAAUGAUAAUGUACCAUCAAAUGCAAAUGUUACGGCAAAUACAGUACACGUUUAUGGCCAAGAAAAAACAAUUAUUUUACGAGAUAUAAAUAUAAUGAACGUUCAAGAUGCCUUGACUCCCGCACAAAUUCAAUGUGAUGCAGCAGCACUUGUAUAUGAUGCAAGUAAUCCUAAAUCUUUUGAAUACAUUGCGCGAAUUUACAUUAAAUAUUUUGCUGAUAGCAAAAUACCUGUAUUAAUAAUAGCGAAUAAAAGUGAUUUGUCAGAAAUCAAACAAGAGUAUUUACUGCAACCAGCAAGCUUUUGUAACAAGUACAAAUUGAUGCCACCGCAGCCGUACAGUGUUACGCGAACAGUUAGGCCUGAAAUAUUUGUUAAAUUAGCAACAAUGGCAGCAUUUCCCCGCUUUCAAGCAGCGUGGGUAUUAUUUUACAAACACAGCACUUUUCGACGUAUGGUCCACAUGUUGCUUGACAAUCCUUCACCAAGUCAAUGGUGGAGUUCUUUUACAAGACACAUGAAGCAGUUCGGAUUGAUGCAAGGCGACUCAGUAGUUUGGUGGAAAGCUGGAUUAGGACUUGCAGCAGCUACCGUUGCUGGUUUUAUUAUGAUGAAAGUCUUCAAUUCAGAAAAAAGAUAGUCUACCAUUAUAUUUUAUUUUUUUUCGUCCCUCGUAAUCGUACAGAACCACUUGUUUAAAGAUACCUUAUCCUUAAGCACGCGUUAAGUUAAUAAAAUACUCUAUUAUCCCAUUA